AUGGCGGCUGGAAUAGGACAAAUGUCGCUUUUCACACGUUCUUCCCGUCUACUUUACAGUGCUGUUCGUAAUGCAUCAAAUGCCGCCCGAAGCAAAGUAUUCUUUGAUGUAAAUAUUGGUGAUAAGCCAGCUGGGAAAAUUACAAUCGAGCUCUUUAAUGAUGUUGUGCCGAAGACUGCGGAGAACUUUCGCGCACUUUGCACAGGAGAGAAAGGCAUGGGAAAAAGCGGUAAACCUUUACAUUAUAAGGGUUCCGCGUUUCAUCGCGUUAUACCG